AUGGAUAAAAGUGUUGAAUCUCUUUUUACAUCCGAUUUUUGGCGAUAAGUGAAUCUUCAGUAUUUUAUGGUAGAAUCACCAAUUUCAUUAAAUGUUUAGAAAAAAAAAUAUAAAAAAUGUAGGUGUUAAUGUUAGUUUUAGCUUCUAAUCUUGGAAGUGUAUAGAUUUAGGAAUUGAUAGAUAAAACAUUGAAAUCUUUGAGAAAAAAAGGGUCCUAGCUUGAGAUGUUGAAUGAAAAUAACACCAGAGUGCACUUAAGUUUAUUGUUAAUGUAAAGAGAUAAAUCAUUCGAGCCAAUUUAAGAAUUAAUGAAUGAAAUGAUUGAUAAGAUUUGCUAGUAAGAAUUAGGAGGCAGAUUAGAAUUAAAUAAAGUUUUGCUGAAAAAUAUGCAUUUGCUGCCUUUGGAAGAAUAAAUGGAAAUUUUGGAAUAAGAAGCUUCAAUAUUACAAAACUUGCAGUAAAAGUUAGAUGCGCCUGAUUAAUUGCAAGAGGUUAUAAUGGAAUUGGAAGAUGAUUUAAUAAAAGUUUAAGAUAACAAUACUAAAUAAAUAAAUAAGUAUUUUUCUGUUUUGAAAUUUUAGUCUUAUAGGACAUUUAGAAGAAAUCAAUAGAUAUCUAUUAUAUUAAUAUACUAUUAAAUAGACAGGAUAAUUUUCAUUAAGGAUUUCAAGAUUCCGAAUUUAGCAUCAUUAAUUAGAGUUAGAAAAUCUAGAAAAGUUGAUAAUUCAUUAUUAAGAUUAUUAAGUAGCAGAUUCAAUUGGAAAGAGCAUUUAUAAUUCUGAAAGUAAGUUAAUUAGUGAUUAAAUAGCUAAUCUUGUUUCUAUUACAUUCGAUAAAUAUUUAAGCAAUACUCCAAUUGAUUUUAAAUUAGAUUAAUUUUUAAAUUUCUAAAGACUUCGAGAAACAGAAUUAGAGUUAAGCGUUUCGUAAUAGAACAUUUAAGAGGAAUCAUAAACAAUAGUUUCAAUUCAAACUGAAAUGUGUCAUAGUUGCAGAUAAAUGAUAGAAAUAACCGAUUUAUAGUAAUGUAAAUACAAUCAUGUAAACAUGAAAUUACAAUAAUACAAUGAAGAAUUACUGAUCUAAUAGAGGUAUCCAAUUUCUUAAAAAUAAACCCAAAAAUUUUAUACAGAUCUUUAUUCUGCUAACUAUAUUAUAGAAAGUAAAUGAAUUCAUUAUCAUUAGACAAUUAAAUCCAGUGCUAAAAGUAUUUUUGUUUUAAAUGUUUGUAAUAUGAAUUUAAAGAAUAUGAUGUUUCUGGGCCAGACUGGAUUUGCCCGUAAUGUAAAGUAAGUAAUUGUUACUAAUUAAGGGUUUAUGUUUCUGCAUCAGGUGUUAACGAAAUGAUUCUAUUUACAAAUUGAAAAGAACAUUUUUAGAAAUUGGUGGUAAUUUAGAUAGUUUGUAUUAAUAAUCAACCUUCGAGAUACUAGUUGAAAAUAAGAGGAAACUCAUUAAGAAUAUUCAAUUAGAUUUCUUUAAUAUCUAAAAAAUUAACUAAGAAAAUGAAUAGACUCUCAUCUCAAAAGGUUUAUUCAAGAAAAGGAAUAAGAAUACAAUAAAUAAAAAGAUUAAAAAAUAGAAAAGCAGUGAAACUACAAUUAUCGGAAAAACAUCAUCUAAUCUAAUAGAUACAUCUUCAUCAUCCAUUAAAAUCAAAAAAGUAAAAGCAUUUAAGUAAAAUACUUCUAAACAGAGUAUUGUAUUUGUAUAAUGA